AUGGCUCUGCCCGCUCUGACCGCAAAGAGAACGCCCUUCCCCGGCUGCGAGGUCCCGCCUCUCUUCCCUUCCUACUUGUUCCUCCGCGCACACAUACAGCAGCAAGCUGAAACAUUGCUUUCCACUGCACAAAGUGUUGCAGCAGUCACACCUCUGCCGUCUACAGUCGUAAAUGACUCCAACUUCCUGGACUCGCCUUUCCGUUAUCACCUUUUCCCGACGGCCUAUGGCAUCAUCUUCAUUGUGGGGCUCUUUGCCAACAUCUACGUGCUGUUUGUGCUACGUUGCCUACGCGAAGCCAACGCCAUGGGGGAAAUCCGCAUCUACAUGACUAACUUGACUAUUGCAGAUCUUCUCUUUGUGUGCGCUCUUCCCUUCUGGAUUGGCUAUUAUAGCCGCCAAGGCACAUGGGUCUACAAAGACUUCCUGUGUCGCCUGACCGGUUCGUUUUUCUUCAUCAACACCUACUGCUCCAUCCUUUUCCUCGCCGCCAUUAGUGCCAACCGAUACUGGGCGGUCACUAAGCCUCUGGACGCUGCCUCCUCAGACCACAGGUGCCGUGGAAUCGCAGUUUCUGCUGUAAUCUGGUUCUUCACAGUUUCCUUAUCUAUUCCGUUUCUCAUCAAACCGGGCACUAACCAGGAUGGGAACAUCACUCGCUGUUUUGAGGCCUACCAGGAUGGGCCAGACUCAUCCAAAAGAAUCGUGGCUCUCACGCAUUUUUUAAUUAUCGGAAUGUUUUUUGUUGUGUUUGCGCUGGUGGUGGUGUUUAACCUCCUCAUCGCACGAUCCCUGUUCUCACAAAGCAUCCCCCUGUCGGAAUUUAAGUCCGGAACAGUUUUAUCUAGAAAGUCCAACAUGACAAUCUCUUCAUCAAGGAAGCCUACAGGAGUGAAACGGAGGGCUGUGCAGAUGCUUAUGGCGGUGGUCGGCGUCUUCGUCUUGUGCUUCCUGCCUCAUCAUUUGGUGCAAGGCUUUUGGACAUUGGCAACACUGCAGAUUCAAGAGGGAUGGGGUCACGUGGACUGGAGUGGCGAGACAGUGCAGGCUCUCAACGACAUGCACCAGGUCACCUUGUUUCUCAUGGGACUCAACUGCAUUCUGGAUCCAGUGGUGUACUGUUUUGCCACCAGGAAGUUUAGACGAUUCAUAGUAGCUCAUCUGAAGAGGAUGACAAAGGGCGAGGGCUGCUCCUACACCGUCACCUCACAGAUCUCUUUGGACAGUCGGCAGCAUAGCCAGAAACUCCCUGAUGAGCUCCCCCAGCCGACACUGUAG